GGUUUUUUUAUCAGAAUGGUUUUGGUUAAUAGUUUUAAUUUUAUCUAAACACAUAAAUAAUUAAAGCUUUUUAUAAAGCUAAUAGGUACACAGAAGCUCAAUUAUUUAAACCAAGCCGGGGAUACACUUAUUAGUGCAUUUACAGUUAUCCGCGUAACACGUAUUUUGUGCAUCGAGCUCGGGCAUUGAAUUAGGCCACAUAGCGAUCUCUCCCUAAAAUACCGCUGUUCUGGCUGUCGACGUAUCAAGCUAACUAUUGGGAGGCGGGAGAGUGAUGACCAGGGAACUCGUGAGCUGGUAUUGUGAUGUCAUCUAAAGGGGAAACAGAGGCCGACUCUGGCACCGUGUCACCAAACUUGACUGCAGUCAAAAAUGAACCGGUGGCCACUGCCAGCAAAGAGUCAACUCCGAAGCGGGGUGGUACAUUACUGAAAUGUACCACGUGCAAUAGUUUCAGCACCCUGAGCAGCCGCGCCUUAACCACCCAUAUGGCUCAGUGUUCGCCCGACAAUAACAAUGUGGCGGCUGCGCAGAACGCGGACGCGCGACCCCACAGGAAGCUGUUCGAAUGCGACGUGUGCAACAUGAAGUUCUCCAACGGCGCCAACAUGCGCCGACACAAAAUGCGCCACACCGGAGUCAAACCAUACGAAUGUCGCGUCUGUCAGAAAAGAUUCUUCAGAAAAGAUCACCUGGCCGAACACUUCACGACCCACACAAAAAGCUUGCCGUAUCAUUGCCCAAUAUGCAACAGAGGAUUCCAGCGUCAAAUAGCCAUGCGCGCUCACUUCCAGAACGAGCAUGUCGGACAGCACGAUCUCGUCAAAACUUGCCCCCUGUGUAGUUACCGCGCGCCGACUAUGAAAAGCCUCCGAGUUCACUUCUUCAACAGACACGGCAUCGACCUGGACAACCCGGGGCCGGGGAACAACUCGGUGUCGGUGCUGGCGGCGGGCAUCGCGAACGCGGCGUACGCGGAUGGCGCCAUGGAGCCGGCGGCGCUGUCGGCGCUGGGCGCGCUGGGCGCCAGCCUGUCGGUGUCGGUGGCGGCCGCCUACUCCGACUCGGGCGACAGCAACGGCGCGCGCUCCGUCGACAACGCCACGCCGCCCAUGCACUACCUCACGCCGCACGUCGAGAUCUCCAUGGCCGACAACAACGAGACCUUCUCGCCCGGACAGAACCAUCUAUCCAACUCCGAGUCGUCGCGUAUGAACGGCGAGGGCCCGAGCUCACCGCAGUCGGGCGACAGCGCUAUCGCCAGCAGUUCCCUCACGGCCGGCUUGCCCACCAACAUCACUCCGUCCAUUACGCUAAUACCCAUCAAACAGGAGCCAAAUGCUCAAGAGGAGUCUGGCGGCGGGGAGCUGCGCGACGGCGAGGCGAACGGCGGCGACAAGCGCGGCGUAUCGUCCAGCCUGUCCUCUCUUAUCAAGGUGUCACCGCUUAAGAGUUUGCUAAGGGAAGACCUCCGCCGGCGCAUAUCCGCCCGGGGACGCGCUAGGGGCUCUAAUGCGUCGCGCGCGUCGCCGUCGGAGGGCGGCGUGAUCACGUCGACGCACGGCGAGGCGGCCCUGCUGCCGGCGUCGCUGGUGUGCACGUUCUGCGCCAUCACCUUCCCGGACUCCACGCUGUACUUCCUGCACAAGGGCUGCCACUGCGAGUCCAACCCGUGGAAGUGCAACAUCUGCGGCGAGCAGUGCUCCAACGUGUACGAGUUCAACUCCCACCUGCUCAGCAAGAGCCAUCAAUGACUGUUUGCAGGGGGGCCGUUCUAUAACUGACUUUGUUUGUUGACGCACUUCUUGUAUGCGACAUGUGUGCAUACAACGUAAGCACUUCGAAGGUACUUCACUUUUCACUACUUAAUCUUUCGGUUUCCUGUUCUUAAAUAAUAUUUUAACUAUAUUUUUCACACCUGUCCUCACAGGCACUGUUGAGUUGAAGUGCUUCGAAUAUGCUAUACGCUAAACGUCCCCCCGAAGCUGUUUUUAAAGUGCAAAAUAUGUCGAGAUAUAUUUUAGUGAUUAUAAUAGUUAAAUGAGUGGAGAUAUUUAUAUGGAUAUUUUAGUAUUUAAACGAAAAUGGGUAAUGAUGAUGGUAAUUAGGUAAAAUUGAAACACGAUGUUGUGUCUAACAAAUCUGCUUACGGUAAGUUGAGAGUGGCGAAGCGAGCAGGUGGCUGAGGUGCGUAAUACAUUCCAAAUUGUGACGAGUGCAUUCCAUUACAUGAGAUUGACUACAAUAUAUUGAGUCUUUGGCGGGGAAUAAGGUGACUACCUACUUAAAGUUAUCUUAAACGGAGAUAUUUUUUUAUUUAUUGUUUGCCUUACGGUACUUAACUGUACAUUACCGUGAUCUAAAAAGUUUUAGAGUAUUUUGGUGCGAUAGUGAAUUUUACAAAACUUUAUGGUGAAGAGUGUACAAAUUAAUAUAUUUUUACAUUUCGCUGUUGACAAGUUAUGAAAGGCAAAGCCUAUAUAUCCGUGAUUGUUUAAUUAUUGUGAUCAUGUACAGACGGGAAUUAUAAAUUCUACAUUCCGUUUUUAUUUAUGUUUCCUUUUCUAAUGCAUUUGAUGCAAGUCCACGACUAAUACUUAAUGUACAAGUUAAAUUUAUUUUGUUGUUAUUAUUUAUUUUUCUAUUAUAUAUAUACACACAUAUUUAGAAAUAUGAAUUUCCUUGUGUACUUAAGAAUGGGGUCUGUUGUGAUGAUAGUUGAGGAGCACUUUCUGUCGAGAGUUAUGAUUCGGGACUCUAGAGGGCGUCACAAGUGACGCUCGCUAGCACGUGUUGCUCAAUGAAGCUCAAGUACGGGCGUGUUCGAUGUUAUGUUCGCACAAAACGCAUAAUAACGGUUAUUACACAUUGAAUGUAAAGUUUAAACACAUAGCUGUGCACUCUACAGAAAGUUGCGUGUGCUAAUAACGGUGGCUAAAAUUUCUUACUUAACUAAAUAUAUUGCAGCGUCCCUUGCGGCAUAUUCAUGGCCGUAAGCAAGGCGUCUACAUCGAACCCUUGUUUAUAAACAAAUUAGAUAAUUUAAUUUGAUUUAAGGAAGUAUGCUCAACCAUGUGGUUAUAUCAUUCUUGAAAACAUAUUGUUUAAAAUAAAACUUACCAUAUCAUAAAAGAUAGGAACUAUUUCAUUUUAAAAACGAUACAUAUUAACAAUACAAUUAUAAAUUUUAAGAAUAGACUUAUUUUAUGUAGGUGUUAUUUACUAUUUAGUGUAUUCUUUGAACUUGACUCAUUGGUCAGUCCGAUCCAUUCAUUCUCUUUACCUGAAAUUUACAUUCCUUUAGCUAUUAAGUACUUAAUAUUCGGUUGUGGUCUUGCCUGAUAAGUUUACAAAAUUGACUUAGAGGGAGGGAGCGGGAGUAAUGUUUACCAACGAAGUUUGUAUUUUGUUUUGUUACUUACAUUGGUAAUGUGGCGGCGCACGCGGUAGCGUUUGUGAGCUGUAGGACCUAGAGAGUUACCUGAAGCGAGCAACACGUAUUUAUUUAUAGAGAUUCUUAUUUUAUAUUAUUUCAUUGUUGUUUAUUUUAAACUUUAUGUUUUAUUUUGGUCCCUACCGUUGCGCCGAUUAACUUUAAGCGUAGGCAUACAAGAGCUAUUAAUAUUAUUAAUCGGUAACCCCACUGGGCGCCUUUACUUAAUCCGUCCAUAUCUAAUGAUAGAUAUUGCCUUUAAUAUUUAAUAGAGUAAUAUAUUUUAUAGAUUUUAGACGUAAUUAAGAACAGAUCUUACUAUAAAGUGUUUUCAGAAUUGCAGAGGUUUAAUGGUGUAGUUGUAUUUAUUUUAACGUAUUUUAAAUGUAAUCUCUUUGUGUUUCUAGCGAAUCGAUGCGUCACCUGCUGACGUUGAAUGUAGUAAAAAUGCAGGGUAAUAAUGCGACAAAGCGAAAACUUCAGUGUUAAUAGCUUAAUGCUAAAGAGUGAACACAAUCAAUGUACAGUUUUUUUAGACAUUCACAUACCAGGAAGGUUAGAAGAAAUGGAGACACUAAAGUUUGUUUUAUCGCAAGGUGCUUUAAUGUCGAGGUUUAAUAUUUACAUAUAUUUAUCCUCGCGAGUCGUACUUUAUACUGUUCGCGACUGUCGAUUUGCACGAGCCACAGAGAGAAUAUUGUUGAUUGUUGCAGUUUGAAAAAAAAUAUUUUAUUUUUUGCGUAGUAGUAAUACAAACUAUAAGCAUAAAUGAAUUUGAACUUAUUUUAGAAAUGUGAAAUUGCAAUUAUCAUUGAUAGUAGAUACAAACAGUAUUUUUCAAAACUACCCUUUAUAAAAUUCUUGUUCUCAUCCAAUUUUAUUCAUGUUAUACUUAAUUAUAAAAUAAAUGAUUCCUACUUUGAAAUGCGCGGCGACCGUCGAAUAUCAACUGUGUAGUAAACUAACGAUUGGUAUAAAAAAAGUAAAACUUAUACCCUUUGAACACAUCCCUUUCAACUUAUUAAUGUUAUAACAGAAUUAUUUUAGUGUAGAAACCCUCAUCUUAAUACCAAAACACAGCUUACCAACAUUAUAAUUAUAUUUAAGUUGUUAUAUAUGUUACGUGUAAGAUAGACGAAUUAAUAAUGGUUGAAAGCAAUUUAUGUAACUAUAAGCAGAUCGAAGUUGAUAUUUUUCUGUUGAAUUUAUUGUGUUAUCUUUACUAAGAGGAAUAACAUACUAAUAUUAAUGAUGUACUGUUUACGAGUAAACCAUUUUGAAACGAGUGAUAGUUACUAAACAAAUAGCAGAUUGUGCCUUAGAUCAAUAGUUUUGAAAGAAACGUUUUAAACAAUAUUUAGAUGUGUGCAUUUUAAAAUAUCCUCACAUAAUUAUAUAUUAAAAAUCAAUAAAAUGCAAUUUAUUUAUGUAAUAUAAAUAUAUACAUUUGCAAUAUGGCUGUUUUGCUUGUUUUUAUAAGAAAGUUUAUUUGCAGUUGAUAAAUUGUUCUUGUCGUCGUUAUUACGAUGAUAGAUUAUAAAGAAAUGGUACUUAUUACCGAGUAUGUAGUUCUAUUUAUUUACUUUAUAAUAAUUUGGUAAAGGGUCUAAUGAAAUAUUAAUAAACUAUGACAUAUA